UUAUAUAUCCACCGCUAACAAACGUAAAUAUCUCCAUGUAUUUUCCUCACACGUUUAUCAAUACCUCUAUCAGAUAAUAUUGGCUGAUCAGGAUUGAUCUGCAUGCUGCCCUCUUGUAGUUUAACUUGUAUUCUCAUACCGGUGUGCCACGUUACUAAACAAAAUCGUACACUUUUGAAAAGGUUUAGGACCAAGAACCGCUGUAGGGCGGCUAGGAAAGUAACCGAAAGGUUGCUCGUUUGAAUAGUUAGGCCAGUAACCGAAAGGUUGUUAGUUUGAAUCCCCGAACUGACAAGGUCAACAAAUCUGCCGAUGUGUCCUUGAGCAAGGCACUUAGUCCUACUUUCCGUAACCCCACUCUCCAAGGUUGUCUCAGGAGGAGUUGUGAUAUGCAAAAAAACACAUUUACAAUUCACACGUGUAAAUAAGACAAAUAUAAACACCCACAAUUAUUAUCAAGCACAGGUGACAGUGAAUUAUUUUGAUAAGUGAAAUUGACACUGCAUCAAUCCUUGGACCAUAGUGGAAUGGACUGGAUUUCAUGUUUCAGUAUGUUUUUUACACAUAUAUCCCAUACUCGCCCUCUAUCUCCCAUGGCUUUCCACUUGACCUCUCACUUUCAAUUCCACUAAACCUGGUCUUUUACCUCAUAUGCACUCCAUCUCUCUCAAUUCAAUUUAAGGGGCUUUAUUGGCAUGGGAAACAUGUUUACAUUGCCAAAGCACAAGUUCCAAAAUAAAGACAUUUUGAAUGACAUAUGUCUGUAUACAGUGUUGUAGCGAUGUGUAAAUAGUUAUGGGUUGUGUCUCUCUCUCUGUCCAUCUGGGUGUUGGUGUGUUGAGUUAUGCCCCAGGGAGGAUGGGUCAGACCCUGUGUAUCUGUUCCCGCGGCUCCAUCACCAUUGACAACAAAAGAUACUACUUCAUCCAGAAACUAGAUGAAGGAGGGUUCAGCUAUGUGGACCUGGUGGAGGGGGUGCAGGACGGGCGUUUCUACGCCCUGAAGAGGAUCCUGUGCCAUGACCGGGAGGGUCGCCAAGAGGCUGAGACGGAGGUGGAGAUGCACCGUCUCUUCAGCCACCCCAACAUCCUGGGCCUGGCAGGGCACACCUUCAUAGAGAGGGGGGGCAAGAGUGAGGCCUGGAUACUGCUGCCCUACGUUCAGAAGGGCAGUCUGUGGUCAGUGCUAGAGAAGCUGAGGGACAAGGGAAGCUUCAUGCCAGAGAGACGCAUCCUGAAGGUCCUACAGGGCAUCUGUUCUGGACUGAAGGCCAUGCAUGACAGAGGCUACGCACACAGAGAUCUGAAGCCUACCAAUGUACUCCUAGAGGAGGAUGACAGGCCGCUGCUGAUGGACCUGGGUUCUAUGAACCGCUCCAGGAUGGAGGUCAAGGGGACCAGGGAGGCCAUGACAGUACAGGACUGGGCAGCUCAGAGGUGUACUAUAUCGUACCGCGCCCCUGAGCUCUUUAACGUGGAGAGCCACUGUGUCAUCGAUGACCGUACAGACAUCUGGUCUCUGGGCUGUGUACUGUACAGCAUGAUGUUCCUGGAGGGGCCCUAUGACAUGGUGUUCCAGAAGGGAGACAGUGUGGCCCUUGCUGUCCAGAACCCAGUUACCAUCCCUCAGCCAUGCAGUUACUCUGAAAGCCUGCAGAACCUGCUGAGCUCCAUCAUGGUGUCCAACCCCCAGGAAAGACCCGACGUCAACUGGAUCCUGGACCAGAUACAGGACAUGACAUGUUCCAGCCCCAACACACAGACCAAUAUGGUAUGAUGGUCCUGAUCGGGGAACCAUGGCAAGCCUGGUUCCUCUCUGGUUCCAACAUCUGUGGGUGAUGAACUUUGAACUUUAUGACCUCUGGACUGUUGUAAUGGCGACCCUGACCUUGUCGUUUUCCUCUAGUCUUAGAAGCUCAGGGGAUCCUACCCCAUACACACACCUGCUAUUCUGCAGUUGAAACCAUAUAGACUUACGUCACAGGUCCUCACUGUCCUCUAUAUGCAUGUGCAACAAUAUGCUUUGACACAGUGUCGGUCAACUCCACAUCCAGCUCACCUUGGGGAAAUUGAGAUUUGGGUGGAGCCAUUUUAUGACUGCUAGUGAAUAGGAAACCCCAUGGGUUAAACUACCAUCAGACACUAGGGUUGAAGGGGGCCCCGGACCAGGAAAAGGACCUAUGGUAAAUUCCAAACAGACGGUUUCCAUGGAAAUGUACUCGGCCAUAUCUUAUAUCAGCUUCAAAGGGAUUUUAAUAACUUUGAUUCCAGACCUGGGUUCAAUACAUGAGUAUUUGUUAUUUAAAUACUUUUUCUGUAUAUUUGAGUAUUUUCAAAUACACAGCUCAAAUGUUAUUUAUUUAUUUGAGUACUUGAAUGGUUAUUUGUAAAGACCAAAUAGUCGACCAAAUUGUAUUUGAAAGUGUUUUCAAAUACUAUUUUCAAAUACCUGGGUUAAAUGCAUGGGAGUGUAUUUGAGUGUUUUAACAUAAUUUCCAAGUGUAUUUCCAAAUCCAUUCCAAUAUUCAUCUACUUGUUUUUUCAAAUAUAGGUAAUCUGAUUGUUUUGAGAUGUAUUGAAAAGUAAUUGAAAUACCUGAAAUAGUAUUGUGAACCCAGGUCUGCUUGAUUCAUCCUUGAACUUCUUUCAAGUCCAUCGUAACUGUAUUUAUUUGUUAUCAUCACAUAAUGCUAUACUGUAACAAUUCUCUAUUUUCCAUUCAUGACACGUUCAUUUAGGCCUGUAUGUGUUUGGCAAUACCUCACAAGAUUCUGUUUUGAGUGUCAACAGGAAGAUAAGAUAAUCUGGUUUUAAGUCUCAGCAGGUUUUGCUCAGUUAACUCUCACUACAGUUGCUUGAUAGGAACUUUUUAAUGGUUUCUUUUUUAAAGCUGUUAUUUGUGUGUGUGUGUCUAUUUAAGGAGCAAUGAUUUAUUUGUCCAAUGUAUAUGCUAUAUGAACAUGUUCUAAAUAAGCAAAUGAAGUUGGAAUACAGAUGUUAUUGAUCAUUUCAGUGGAACAAUGUAGAAUGUACUGGAACUAUAAAUGGCUGUUGUUGGCUAUUUCGCACUGUUUGUAGCCUAAUUCAGCCCAUCCAGGAAUUUGAGAUAUUGUGAUAAAAUAGGGAAUUGCAUAAUACUGUUAAUACAACACUGAAGGCGCUGCUUGUUUCUCAUAAGAUUGAUGUUUUAUAGGCAUUACUUUUCUUUUUUUACAUUUGUGGUACAUCUUAAUUUGUUAUGUAUAAGAGGCCCUUUUCACGUACUUUUAGAGUUGUCUGAGGGCCUGACUUUCUAUGUUGUUGUCAUGUGGCUUUUAUUCCACUCGGGGGAGCCGUGUCCUACACGUUGGUCAAAGCAGAGGGAGUCGGGGUCUCAAAAGGUUGUCUUAGUUUGGCCAGACCUGUAGAUCUGAGGAAGACUCACUCAAUAUGUGAACAUAUGCAAAACCUCUACUCUGAUAAACACCAGGGAAUAAAAUGGUACUGAUUCUGA